AUGGCUGUGAACUUCACUGAUGAAAGUCCAAGCUAUUUCUCGUGUGCUGAAUGGGACCAAAAUUUCGAAACCGUUCAUACGAAAGCGCUCAGAACUUCGUAUCUGUGGACUUGUAUCCUUAAUGGAGUUCUAGCUAUCCAUACAGCCAUAUUAAACUCUCUGAUCGUUGUGCUGUACUUCAAAGAUAAACGUCUUCAAACUACAGCAAAUGUGCUGAUCUUAGCUUUGGCUUUUUCUGAUCUAUUCGUCGCUUUAGUAAUCCAGCCUGCUGUGAUUGUUAACAACGCUUUGAGAUUUCACGAAAUUUAUAGCUGUGUUUCAGAGCUGACCACGUUCACUUUAGCGGAAAUUGGAGUAGGGCUGUCUUGCUGUACCGUGUGCUUUACCAUGACGUUAAAAAGAUUGUUUGCCAUUUGUUGGCCGCUAAAACAUCGUGUGCUUGUGACCAAAUCUCUACUGAACAAAAUAUUUUUAGCCGAAGUUGCUUUACAUUGUGUGAUACUAUUACCGCUCGUUCUAAACUCGUCCCUGAAAUUCUUGAUGGACCUGCAAUCGGGGUUCAUAAUUUUUGGCAUCAUUUUCGUGUUAGCUGCAUAUCUGUGUAUUUUUGUUAUAAUUCACAAACGGUCCCGGGCUGUAGCCAAGAAUGGUUUGACGACUGAUUUUUUGGCGAAGGGCUCCCGGAAUUCCAAGCAGAAGAAAAUAUCGGGGAAAGAUGUAUCCCAAGAUUCCAAGCGAGCUGAUAAAUCUCCAGAUGAUGUAUCCCAAUAUUCCAAACGGACUGAUGAAUCUGCAGACAAUGUAUCCCAAGACUCCAAGCGAGAGAAUAAGUCGACAAUCCAUGUAUCCCAAAAUUUCAAAGAAAAGAGUAAUUCGCCAAAAUAUGUUUCCCAGAAUUCCGUGCCGCGGAAUAAGCCUCCAAAAAAUAUAUCCCAAGGUUCCAAGCGUGAAAGAAAUUUGGAUGAAAAUCUAUCCCAGAAUUCGAAUCGUAACUCCCUGGAGAUUGUGUCCCACGAUUCAAAUGGUAACGAGAUAAAGGGUGAUCAAUAUACGUUCAGCACAUGCGCGUCAUUCCAGAAAGCCAGGUUGAAAUUGAAGCAAGAAUUACGAGUUUGCAAAGCAAUGGCGGUGAUAGCCGGUGCUCUGGCGCUAUGCUUCCUCCCUCGCGCAGUGAUAUUCAAGUGUGCAGUGUCUGGUGUAAUUUCAAUGGAGACGUUUUAUAAUUAUCUUGAGCCGUGGCUUGAUGUAUUGGCUUUUGUAAAUUCAUCUCUUAAUCCUUACAUAUAUUUCUUUCAUAACAAAGAUAUAACAGAAGGUGUAAAGAAAAUUAUAUUUGGAAAGAAGAAUACUCAAUUGAAUAAAACAAAGUUACCGACUGUUGAGGCGAACAUUAAACGAUGGAGCAAGUAGUGAAUGUGUUUUGACCAUUGAUCUUUAUAUACCUGGAGCAAAAUCUUCAGUCAUUCGGAGCGCAACUAAACCAGAAAGUAACGAGUUACACAUUUUGAAGAUGACAUUUCCCACUUUGGGUUUCCUCCUGCGGAAAUAAAAGAGAACUAAUAGUGUUUUGCACACCCUAAAAAUAGGAUAUUUUCUAGGGGACCAUAACCCCCUCCCCCCACACUGGGUUGGGGCUAGGUCCGAAUUUUGAUGAGCAAUGUAGAAAGUACUUUGUUAUGAAAAUUAUUAACACCUGUGUCAGAUCCUCAUAUAUUCUGUCAGUAUAUAUUAUGUAUCAAAGAAUGGGAUAACCCGCAACUAAUGUCAUACUACUAUUUUUUAUGUAUAUGAUUCGUAAGCUUACCUGUUUAUCACUGUAGUUUGUAUAUAUUGAAAAAGAAUGUAAAAGUUUCGAUUGUUAUUUAUCUUUAAUUUUUGUUAUAGCACUGCAAUUGUCACUUAAUUUUUUGGUUAAUGAAAAUUUUAAACAUACAUUAAUGUCUAAAAGCUAGCUGUCUCCACAUUAUUAAAAGCAUAUAAUCAAAGUAACUGUAUGGAAUAUGGACGCUUCUUAUUGAUCCUGUUUUAGGCAGCUCGCAUCUGAUUGGUCAUGUUUCAGACAGAUCGCAUAUAUCAUUUGAACGACCGUCUUACUUAGAAUUCUUAUACUGA